GUCAAGCGACUCCGGAAGCUCUGAACACGCAGCUCUGAGAUCUGUUCGAUAUUUCCUUUCGAACACAUCACCACGCGCGCAACCUGCGAAUUCCAUAAAGCGGAGUCGACGUGCCUUUUCACUGUCGCUCCUUUAGCAUCUUCUUCCUUUCUUCCACGUCUGUGAGGUUUUACCACAGAAUACCGCCAGGAUGAGUGGCCUUCGAUUCCUCGAUCUCAUCAAACCCUUCACGCCUAUCCUCCCUGAGGUGCAGCAACCAGAAACGAAGGUUCCUUUCAACCAAAAAUUGAUGUGGACGGGUUUGACAUUAUUGAUCUUCUUGGUCAUGAGUCAAAUGCCAUUAUACGGCAUCGUGUCCUCAGAUACCUCAGAUCCAUUAUACUGGCUGCGAAUGAUGUUGGCGAGUAACAGAGGAACGUUGAUGGAAUUGGGUAUUUCGCCAAUCAUCUCGUCGGGAAUGAUCUUCCAGCUUCUUGCUGGCACACACUUGAUCGAUGUCAACCUUGACUUGAAGUCGGAUCGCGAGCUCUACCAGACAGCGCAGAAGCUUUUCGCUAUCAUUUUGUCGAUGGGACAAGCUACCGUUUAUGUCUUCACUGGUCUCUACGGUCAACCAUCUGAUCUCGGCGCUGGUGUCGUCUUCCUCCUUAUUCUCCAAUUGGUUGUUGCUGGUGUCAUUGUCAUCCUCCUUGAUGAGCUCCUCCAAAAGGGAUAUGGUCUUGGAAGUGGUAUCUCCUUGUUCAUUGCUACCAACAUCUGCGAAUCCAUUGUCUGGAAGGCUUUCUCCCCAACCACAAUCAACACUGGCCGUGGACCAGAGUUCGAGGGCGCUGUCAUUGCGCUCUUCCACUUGCUCCUCACAUGGCCCAACAAGCAGCGUGCUCUCCAAGAGGCUUUCUAUAGACAAAAUCUCCCCAACGUCAUGAACCUCCUCGCUACCCUUGUCGUCUUCGCCGCUGUCAUCUACCUCCAAGGUUUCCGCGUUGAGAUCCCAGUCAAGUCCUCCCGCCAACGUGGUGCUCGUGGCUCAUACCCUAUCCGCCUGUUCUACACCUCCAACAUGCCCAUCAUGCUUCAAUCAGCCUUGUCCUCCAACGUCUUCUUGAUCAGCCAAAUGCUCUACUCCCGCUUCGCCGAUAACCUCCUCGUCCAACUCUUCGGUGUCUGGGAGCCCAGAGAAGGAUCCGCUCAACUCUUCGCUGUCUCCGGUCUCGCAUACUACAUGUCUCCUCCAUUGAACUUCACUGAGGCUCUCCUCGAUCCAAUCCAUACCGCUGUCUACAUCAUCUACAUGCUUGUUGCCUGCGCCGUCUUCUCCAAGACCUGGAUCGAGGUUUCUGGUUCCAGCCCAAGAGAUGUCGCCAAGCAGCUCAAAGACCAAGGUCUUGUCAUGGCUGGCCACAGAGAGCAGAGCAUGUACAAGGAACUGAAGCGCAUCAUUCCUACAGCUGCUGCUUUCGGUGGCGCAUGCAUUGGUGCUCUUUCCGUUGCCAGUGACUUGUUGGGUGCAUUGGGUUCCGGAACUGGUAUCUUGUUGGCUGUCACCAUCAUCUACGGCUACUUCGAAAUCGCAGCCAAGGAAGGAGACAUGGUAUGACCCUCUCCACCAUUUUCAGCAUCCUGCAGUACUAACUAUUUUAACAGGCAGGCAUGAAAGGCAUGGUGAUGGGCUAACCCGUCCCCUCACCCAAACGAAAAUCCUUCAUCUUUCAUU